CUUCGAUAGCUCUAUGAGUUUACACGUAGAAAAUUUCAGUCUUCGCGUGUCUGAAGCGUACAAAAUAGAAUAAGCAAAGUAAGAAGAAAUUGUUGUGCGGAUCGUUUAACUAAGCAAGUUGCUUAAUUUUUGAAAUGAGAAUGCGUGUUCUGUAUUUACUUGUAUAAAUGGAAACCCAAAAGUUACCUUAGAGAUACUAUAUUAUCUUAGUGCUCAUCAUACAUUACGGUUAUUUUGAUAAAGUGCGGUUGACCAAUCUCGCUCACAAAGCGACAAAAACCUGCCAGUGAAAAGUGUGUCUGGAUGCAAAACAAAUCAUCUCUCAUAUUUGGCAAAAUUAUUAAGAAUUCUAAAAAAUAAAACGAAAAAAGCAAUUAUAUAAAAAGGUGCGUGCGUGCAUUAAAUGACAAAAAAGUAGUUGUGUAAUAAAUACAAGAUUGUUGAUUUAAUGAAUACAACUCAAAACUUGUCUUAACUUAAAUAUAUGUACUCGUAUAAGCCUCGAUAGUGGCUUACUAGUCAAUUAAGCUUUUGCAAACCAAAAACGCCUCCGCUUACAGGAAUUGGUAUGAUUUUAGUAGCCGGCGGCAAAUCCAAUUUUUAGUGUUACACAACUUGUUGAUUACAGUUUCAAAAGAUCGGAGAAGGAGCAGUGGAACGUGCGUUGAUAGUGACUACGCACCCAGUGAUUUAAAACAAAUUUCUACUCUUUGUUGCGUUGAGCAGCCAUUGCGAGCUGCUCUUAAUACACCGGCGUCAUCGAAUUCUCUCCUGUGUACGUUGAACGAAAAGACUUCAAGACGGUUGCCUCACGGUUCGAGUGGAAUGAGCAUAGGGACACUGGUCUUCCUUUUGACAGAUCGGUUUUCAAGGUCGUUAAACUGAGCCCCAACUUGGAGCCCUACCCCGCCAGCGUGGAGGGCCUGAACAGCCCUAGAGCGGUGGGGAUGGCCGCCACCUCAUAUAUGACACCGUCCAGCGGUGAUCUCGAUAUGGCACUAGGUGGUGGGGGUUAUCAUACUUCAUCGCCUCGAUCUGCCGCAGAUGCUGGAGAAAUGAAAUACAUGCAACAUCAUCAUCAUCAUGCCGCCGCUGCUGCCGCCCACCAUCAGCUGCCCUCGUCGCCAAGCCCGAAUGCAGUAGUGGGUGGAGCGGGAGGUACGGGAGCAGGUGGUACCGGUGGUCUAGGUGUGUCAGCGAGUGGGCUUAGUUCGAUCACACCCUCUGGAAGUUUGGGUUCAAAUCACUGGACCGCAUUGCAUCCUUCAGAUCCAUGGGCUUCAAUGACACAUCAUACACACCAUCAUCCCGCGGAUGCGGUGAAGCAAGAGAUGUCUCAUUUAUCACAGCAGUCUCGCGUUCAACAAGGCAUGGCAUCCCCACAUACAUGGCACGCACCGGUUCAUACAGCUCACUAUGCACCGACGGGUGGUUCGCCUUUGCAAUAUCACCAUGCAAUGAACGGAAUGUUGCAUCAUCCUGCUCAUCCAGCGCAUCACCAAGGAGUGCCACCAUUGCAUCACGCAUUACGUGGUGAAUCCCCACAACUUCAUAUACAUCCCCAUCAUCUGCAAGGCGAUCGUGACGUGUCGGGAGGGGAAGAGGAUACACCCACUUCAGAUGAUUUGGAAGCAUUUGCAAAACAGUUCAAACAACGUCGUAUAAAGCUCGGCUUUACUCAAGCGGAUGUGGGACUUGCGCUUGGCACCUUAUAUGGUAAUGUGUUUUCACAGACAACAAUUUGCCGCUUUGAAGCUCUACAGUUAAGUUUUAAGAACAUGUGCAAAUUAAAACCACUGCUACAAAAAUGGUUAGAGGAAGCUGACUCCACCACGGGAUCACCUACAAGCAUUGACAAAAUUGCGGCUCAGGGUCGUAAGCGUAAGAAACGAACUAGCAUCGAAGUUAGCGUUAAAGGGGCACUUGAACAACAUUUUCACAAACAACCAAAGCCAUCGGCCCAAGAGAUCACAUCGCUGGCAGAUUCUUUGCAAUUGGAAAAAGAGGUUGUGCGGGUGUGGUUUUGUAAUCGGAGGCAGAAGGAAAAGCGUAUGACCCCACCAAAUACAAUGGGUGGCGAUAUGAUGGACGGUAUGCCACCAGGCCAUAUGCACCCACAUGGUGGCUACCAUCCUCAUCACGAUAUGCAUGGAAGUCCAAUGGGUACACACAGUCACAGUCACAGCCCGCCCAUGCUUAGCCCACAAAAUAUGCAGUCCGCGACAGGUCAUCAGUUGGCGGCUCACUAGCAAUCAGAAAUCCAGGAGUCGAACUCAGCUGCAGCUGCGUCCACUCCUGCAUCGCUGCAUCAGCAGCAACAACAACAACAACAACACCAGCCACAUAACCAACAUGCGCCCAACACGCCGUCGUCUUCGGGUGGCUCAUCGGCGACAAUGACAACAAAUGUGCUGUCGCCGCAAUCGCCGAUCGGUGCUGGGUUAGCUGCUAAUAAUAACAACAACAAUAAUACGAACAACAAUAACAAUGAAAGUGAUCAUUUAACGCAGGUGAAACAGCAGCAGCAACAGCAAGCGUCAUCGAUAGCGGCAGCUGCAGCCGCCGCUAUGUACAUCGAUCCGAUGCGCUAUCAACAUCACCAUCCACACCAACACCCGCAUCUUAAUCCCGCGCACCACCCACACCUCUUCCACACCAGCGACCAGCAGCACUCAGCGCUGCAACAUCCGACCGCUCAUCACCAACAUCUGCAACAGCCGCAGACAUCGCCCGGAGCGGGCAGCAGCAGCGGCGCCUUGCAAGCACCAUCCUCAUCGCCCUCCUCAGCGUCCUCGGUGUUGGGAGUGAGCAGCGCGACCGGCAUGCAUCACCUUAACUUAAAUCCACACUCACUACAUCAGCAUCACCAUCACCACCAACAGCAACAUCACCACCAACAGCAGCAACAACAAUUGCAUGCCCGGCGUCUAUUUGAAUGGAGUUUACAAUUCGGUGCUGCCGCACCAGGCGUGAGGCAUUUCAAUUCAUUUGGCGGAGGAGGCGAAUAGCAUACGUCCGCCGCAGCGGCAGCGUCAGCGGCCUGGUUUGGUUAUGAAUCGUCUUAAGAGCGCAACUAUAAGACAUUUAGAAUCCAACUAAGAGGCGGUGCGCUUUUAAGCUGCGGCGUGUAGUGAACCGGGCUAAUUGAUAGGGUAUACUAGCGGCAGCGCAGAAUUAAACUAUUUUAUUUGGUGUAUAUACGGUAUAUACAGCAUACAUAUAUGUGCAGGGAACGAAGGACCAACGACCGAGUUACGGUACCACUUGAACCGCGGUUUAAUAUUAAACCACUUUAGUAAUAGUGGGAUACAGUUAGGUAGACUUAUUAAGUAAGUGGACGGUUGUAUGCCAUUUGCCAGAGCUAUACCAGUGCAUUAAUCUGUGUUAACUUGAAAUUAGUUAAGUAAACUAAGUAAAUAAAUAAUGAUCCCAUUAUAAAAUGAAAAAUAAGAAAAUACAAAGAAAAAGUACGGUUUAGUAGUAAAAAUUUUUCACUGAAAUGCAAAACAUUCAAAAGUAAAAGAAGUAUAAUUAACAGUCUACUUAAGCUCCCCUAAGAUAAUUAGCAUCAAAGUCUUAAAAUAAAAUGGAAAAUAGAAUUAAAAUAAUUAAAAACUUUGAAAGUUUCUAAAACUUGCAAAUAAUAACGCAAUUAAAAUCAAACCAGAAACUAAGUGAUGUUUUUAAGAAAAACAAAAUUACUAGAGUUUUGCGUAUUUAAUAAAAAUGUGUAAUCGCAAAGGUAGUAAUCAGCUAAAUUAAAUGUAAUUAACGAAUUCAAUAGUUUAUAGUUUUAUACAUGUUAAACUUCACUGUAAAUUAAUAAAUUUCUUAAAUAUCAGUGCAACCGUGAGAAUCCGAGAGUCCGCAUAGUUAUGAAAAACACAAAUAUACAUUAUUUGAAAUAUUACUAAGCAUUGCGAAGCAUUAAAAGAACUUAAUAAGUAACCGAAUAGCUAACAAACCACCAUUUAAUUUACCAAUUGUUUUAAAAAGCCGCCAAAUCGUAAACCUUUCUCAUGCAACCAGUGUUUGAUACAAUCAUUAAAUUAGUAAAUAUGAAAAUGAUAAUAAAUAUAAAAUAAUACAGAGCGUCCAACUUGUUAAGCGGUAAAGUGCCGAAAAGCGAGAGCACCCAAGUAGAGACAGCUCUGCGCGGUGGACACCGGGUAACUGUUGGUCUAAGAGCUCAUUUUCGGUGCUGAUGCAUAUUUCGAAGGUAAACCUUUUUCGUAUUCAAUGCUUUGAUUGUCGAUAAGUUUGGCAUUUCUUUUAUAAUUAAGCUCACACUUAUCGGCACUUUUCGUAUGAACAAUCGACCGUACGCAAAACCGAAGUAGACCAAAAGUUAGAGUUAAACAAGGAACGCAUUCGCUUAUCACAAAUGGAAAACCAAAAUUCUUAGUUUACUAUAAUGUACAUAUGUAUGAAUGUGUGCAGUUCGAAUUUGCAACUAUUCAACAUAAAUUUACAUUCCUAUUGCAUUUUAAUAAAAUAUAAAUAGUUUUCUUUCGAGACACAGCAUUUGUUGUUAUAAUAUUGUAUGUAGAGAUUAAAUCUUUCGUAACAUUUUCACCAAAUGCUACUCUCAAAGCAAAACAUUUAUUUGUGAUGAAUGAAAUGGAAUAUUCCUUCGUGCUUGCUUUUUUACAGUUAAAUUAUGGUGUUAUGUAUAAACACGAAAUAAAACUUAGUCAUAUUACUUUAUAGAUUCCAACACAUUUGAUCUGUUCAAAAAUAUUUAUUUUAAGCGGGAAGUCAAUAUUGUUAUUGUAUAUUAGACUAUUAUUAAGUUAGCUUUCGCAUAAGUGCAAGUGCAAGUAAGUCGUGUGUAUAUAAUAUGUAGCAGUAAAAUAAAAUUUCUUUGAAUAAUCUGAAACAAA